CCUCUACAAUCUCACCCGAGUACUACACUUUGUUACCAUCAUUUCCUCCUCCUAAAAAUACCUUCUCACAAUGACCGGCGUAUUCCAAAGGCUGCAGGAGUCUCUGAAUGAGGCGAAGAUCGCAGCAGCCCACAAAGUCAACGAGGUGGCCUCGACGAACGAGAAGAUCGUAGAGAUGUGGCCGAAUAAGGUCUCUGUCGAAAAGAGCGGGAACAGACUUACUACGGAUUCCGGUACGGGUGUGUAUGAUGUGGACCAUUGGCUCAAGGUGGUUGACCCGAGCACUGGCCAUCACGGGCCGAGUUUGUUGGAGGACCAGAUUGCGAGGGAGAGGAUCCACCGGUUCGACCAUGAGCGCAUUCCUGAGCGUGUAGUCCACGCCCGCGGAGCCGGGGCACACGGAUACUUUAACCUGCACACGCCAAUCCCAGAGUUCUCCAGCGCUACAGUCCUCAACGAUACAGGGCGCAGCACUCCUAUAUUCGCCCGCAUGUCAACGGUAGCCGGGUCCCGUGGUUCUGCAGAUACGGUCCGCGACGUCCGCGGCUUUGCCCUAAAGUUCUAUACCGAGGAGGGCAACUGGGAUAUCGUUGGGAACAACAUCCCCGUCUUCUUUAUCCAGGAUGCCAUCAAGUUCCCAGACUUUGUUCACGCCGUUAAACCCGAGCCGCAUAAUGAGGUGCCGCAGGCGCAGACUGCUCACAACAACUUUUGGGACUUUAUGUACAUGCAUAGCGAGUCAACACAUAUGUCCAUUUGGGCCAUGAGUGAUAGGGGGAUCCCUAGGAGUUAUAGGAUGAUGCAGGGGUUUGGGGUUAAUACGUUUUCAUUGAUCAAUGCUCAGGGUGAGAGAACGUUUGUCAAGUUUGUGUGGACGCCUGAGUUGGGUGUUCAUUCACUGGUCUGGGAUGAGGCUUUGAAGCUGGCUGGCCAGGAUCCAGAUUUCCACAGGAAGGACCUGUACGAGGCCAUCGAGAACGGAUACUAUCCUAAGUGGCAAUUCGGAAUUCAAACUAUCGCUGAGAAGGAUCAGGAUAAGUUUGAGUUCGAUAUCCUGGACGCUACAAAGGUGUGGCCGGAGGAUCUAGUUCCUAUCAACUAUAUCGGAGAGCUAGUUCUAAACAGAAAUGUCGACGAGUUUUUCGCCGAAACCGAACAGGCAGCCUUCUGCACCUCUCACGUCGUGCCCGGGAUCGGCUUUUCGGAUGACCCUCUCUUGCAAGGGAGAAACUUCAGUUACUUCGAUACGCAAAUCACCCGCUUGGGAAUCAACUGGGAACAACUCCCUAUCAACCGCCCCGUCUGUCCCAUCAUGAACUUCAACCGCGACGGAGCACUUAACCACCGCAUCCACAAGGGCAAAGUCAACUACUGGCCAAACCGCUUCGAAGCCGUCCCCCCCGCGUCGCACAAGCAGGAGACAGACUCGUACCAGGAGUGCGCUGCCAAGGUCGCGGGAUUGAAACUCAGGGUAAAUGGAGCGAAGUUCCGUGAGCACUUUGCUCAGGCACAAUUGUUUUAUAAUUCUCUCGCGAAGCACGAGAAGAAACAUGUUGAAGCUGCGCUUGCAUUUGAGCUGAGCCAUUGCGACGAGCCAAUCGUGUACAAGAGGAUGUCGGAGAGACUUGCUGAUAUCGACCUCACCCUCGCCCAAAACGUCGCCAAGAUGGUCGGCGGUGACAUCCCGAAGGAGGGCCGCCUGAACCACGGUCGCAAAGCUCCGGGUCUAUCACAGGCCGAUUUACCCGCUGUCAAGCCAAGCAUCAAAAGCCGUCGGGUGGCAAUGAUCGUUGCGGACGGCUUCGAAAUGGGUGUUUUCACCGCGGUACGCGCAGCGCUUAAGGCGGAGGGCGCAACGACCUGGGUGAUUGCUCCUAGAAGAGGAAUGAUCUUCCCUGCCGGUGUCCACCCAGAAAGCGGCACGGGCGGCCUCCUGGCAGACCACCACCUCGAGGGACAGAGGAGUACCAUGUUUGACGCGAUAUUUGUGUGUCCCGGCACACGGAGCACGCUCACUCUCCGAGAGAACGGAAGAGCAGUCCACUGGGUCCGCGAGGCCUUCGGCCACUUGAAGCCCAUCGGCGUCCUCGGUGAUGCGGUGUCCUUCCUGCAACAAGCCGUUGUCCUCCCCGGCGUAGACGUAGCGGCCGACCCCAACUCUCACGAUGUUGUUACCUCCUACGGCGUCGUAACGGGCUGGAGGUGUUCCGUGGGCGUACUCCGGAGCCUCAAGAUCGAGCCCAGCACCUGCGCGUUUUCGAGCGCUUUCGCGUACGAGAUUUCGAAGCAUAGAUGCUGGGCCAGGGAGUUGGAUGGGCUCCACACAAAGCUUGCGUUUUAA